AUGUGUGUCUUCACACAGUUGAAUCAGUCACGAUGAGCCUGCUAUUUGCCGCUGUCCUGUUAUUGUGCUGCAGAUACAACGCCACAGGAACACGAGAUCAUUCAGAUCACGAGUGCCAAAGUCGUGGGGUCAGGAGCUGUGGAGAGUGUCUGGCAGCAGGGUCUCACUGUGCUUGGUGUGCUGAGGAGAAUUUUCUCAAAGUGGGCCAGCACGUAUGGGAGCGCUGUGACACUGCCAGGACUCUGCUGAGGAGGGGCUGUCCUUUUGAUCGCCUGGAAGACCCCAGAGGUUCCACUGUCCUUCUAAAGAACCGGAAGAUCACCUUGCAACCUAAAGAACAAAGACGCCAGCAGCAGCUCAGACAGGUCACACAACUCCAGCCUCAGUCUGUCCUGCUGCACCUCAGGCCAGGUGAACCCCAGACCUUUGAGGUGAAGUUCAAACGUGUGGAGGACUACCCCAUAGACCUGUACUACCUGAUGGAUCUGUCCUUCUCCAUGGAGGAUGACCUGCCCAAUGUCAAGAAGUUGGGAGCUGACCUCAUGGAAGAGAUGAGGAACAUGACUAGUGACUUCAGAAUGGGUUUUGGCGCAUUCGUGGACAAGACGGUGAUGCCGUACAUCAGCACUGCGAAGGACAUGCUCAAGAACCCCUGUAAGAGGACGGAGCCUUUUCCAUGCGUCCCUCCUUUCACCUACCACCAUGUCCUGAGCCUCACAGCCAACGGGAGCCUCUUCACGGAGCUGGUUGGGAGGCAGCGGAUCUCGGGUAACCUGGAUUUACCAGAAGGGGGGCUGGAUGCCUUGAUGCAGGCCGCCGUGUGUGAGGAGCAGAUCGGCUGGAGGAAUGUGACCCGUCUGCUGGUGUUUUCUACUGACGCCGACUUCCACUUUGCCGGAGAUGGCAAACUAGGCGGCAUUGUACUUCCUAAUGAUGGAAAGUGUCACUUGCAUAAAAAUGUGUACACCAAAGGAAAUUCCCAGGACUAUCCCUCGGUGGGUCACAUCGCCGAAACAUUGAGACAGAAGAACAUCCAGAUCAUCUUUGCUGUCACAGAAGAAGUCACACACUUGUAUGAGGGCCUGAGAAGCAUCUUCCCAAAAUGUGCAGUCGGAAUGCUUUCCAACAACUCCCACAACAUCUUGCAGAUAAUAGUCGAAGCGUACAAUGCACUGACCUCUGAGGUUGUUAUGGAGAACAGCAAGCUACCGCCGGGCUAUCGCAUCUCCUACACUUCACACUGUAAGGACCACAAACCGAGGCGCGGCGAACAGGGGAGGAAGUGCUCCAACAUCUCCAUUGGCGACAAGGUGAGCUUUAAUGUAAGCAUUACGGCACCUCCUUGUGUGACUGCUUCACAAAGGCCACAGCGUGUCAUUAUCAAGCCCCAGGGCUAUAGUGAAGAGGUCGAGGUCCUGCUGAGCCCCAUAUGCGAAUGCUCAUGUCAAAAAGACGUGGUCCUACACAGCCCUUCAUGUAGCCAUGGCAACGGCACACUGGAGUGUGGCACAUGCAGGUGUAAAGAGGGGAGAGUCGGAACAUUGUGCGAAUGCGAUCGAGCAGAGUCGAGCUCAGCAGUCGACUCGCACCUUUGCCGCCAUGAUAACACGUCAGAAGCGUGCAGCGGACGCGGGGAGUGUGUUUGUGGGAAGUGUGUUUGUCGCAAAAAGCACAACCAUGUUUACUACGGGCAGUUCUGUGAAUGCAGUGACUUCAGCUGUGAUCAAUAUAAAGGACUGCAGUGUGGAGGAAACGGCAGGUGUGUCUGCGGGGUGUGCAUGUGCCUACCAGCAUACCGCGGUCGGGCAUGUGAGUGCCCUCUCAGCUUGGAGUCUUGUCUUUCUCAGGAUAAACAGAUUUGUGCAGGCAGAGGGGACUGUCACUGUGGCACCUGCAUCUGUCAUGACCGCUUCCAAGGCCCGACUUGUGAGCUUUGCCCUUCCUGCCCCAGCGUGUGCACCCUGCACAGAGAAUGCAUCUUGUGCAGGGCCUUCUCACUGGGAUUGAAUCCGAAAGAGUGUGAGACAAGGUGUGUGCACCUGAACCUCACUCUAGUGGAUCAGGCUGGUGUGUUAGCGACAGUUCCUCCCUCUCAAGGCCUUCACAGGUGCAUGGAAGUGGAUGCAGAGGGCUGCAGAGUGUACUUCUUGCUGACGGCUGGACAAAAAGAAGAUUCUGUCCAUGUGCAUGUAGCUCUUGAACGAGAAUGCCCGUCAGGUCCAAAUGUGAUCCUGAUAACCGCAGUGCUAUCAGCCUCUGUUGUGGUGCUGCUGGGUGUGGUUUUGUUGCUGCUAUGGAAACUACUUACCAGCAUCCAUGACCGCAGGGAGUUUGCCCACUUCCAGAGAGAGCUGGAGCAAAGACGCUGGAACAGGAGGGACAACCCCAUCUACAAGAGUGCCAUCACAACAACUGUCAACCCCAAAUAUAAAGACCAGUGAGAGCAAACGCUAAAACAGAGAUCUGCUUUUUGAUCAGGACCCCUGCUGUAACACACACAGCACAAUGAAACAACAUCCUUCAUCUCAACUGUUGUCAGCGAUUGGUUCAACUUGUGGGGGGGUGCAUGUGGAUGUCUGACUUCCUCCCCCUUGAUCUCAAUAUGCAACCCCGGACUGCCAGUCUCCAACGCUUCCCCUUCCCCCUGCAUGCACUGCACGCACACACACUCCAACAGUACCCCCCCACAACCCACACUGCUUCCUAUACAUGGUUGGUUGUCUGUAUGAUACAUGCAAAGUUAAUGCCCUCAGAGUCUUAAAAUACACCAAAGCUAAUUACAUAUAGUGUAAUAUUUUGUAAGGCAUAUGCAAGAAAAGUCUCCCGUACACGGUGUGUAACUUGGGUCUCAGAAGGCAAAGGUGUAGUGAGGCGAGCACUCUUCAUUCUGCACUGUAAUCCCAGUGCAAACACAAAAAGUCUUUACGUGGGUCUUCACUGCCCUCUAGAUGAGAGGAGAUGCAACUGUCAUGUCUGGAUAUGAUGAAGCAGCUUCACGUUCAUUUACUGCUCGCCAUAGUCAGAGAUGAUGCUAUUUUGGUCACAAACAUGAAACCCAGACUCCGUGGUGCUUUUUUGUAUUCCAACAGCCACCCGUGUGAAUUCAUCACACAGAACACUGCAGGCUCGAUAUGGUGCAAUGUAGUGUACAACUUUAAAAGAGCAGCCGGUGUAUACGUGCAUGCCAGCCACUUUGCCAGUGCACUGGGCUGAAUCGUGUAAGCGCACACAGAAACAAUGGGAUGUUCGGAUCUAAAUGGAUAUUAGGGUUUUUCCACUGCCUACAGAUGGCUGCUGAUGACCUUGCUUGAGGAGAGUUGAGCAAAGCAAUAUUAAUCAUAAUGAUGCCUCCUCCUCCUCUACUCCCAGAGUUACUGGGCAGGCGUGCAUGCAGCUUUAACAGCAAGUGGGAGGUGGUUAGUAGUGGCGGUGGUGGUAGUGGUGGAGCAUCAGAGAAAAUGACUUUCCACUAUGCAGCAUUCUCUUUCAUGUGUCUGAUCAUAAAAAUUAAAAAAAUGUGCGGUGAAAAUGUGAGGCAGCCCUGCGACAAGGCUUGUCUGAAAGGGGGCAGAGAUGUGAGGGAGGGAAGGAGGGAGGAAAGGAGGGAGGGGAGGUGACCAUGCAGCCCUGGAGAGACUGUUACAUAACAAACACUGCAACCAUGCUGGAAAAACACUGUAGCUGUGGCAUCUGAGUGGAUUAAAAUCUACAA